CUCUAAAUGUAAUUUACUUGUAAAUGAUUGGUAACUAGAUAUGUCUCGAGUUUACCCAAAUCAAAUGUCACCGUGCCUUUUUGUUGAGGGUGAAAUUCGCAAAAAUGCCCUCGAGUAGAAGUGUUAAUUCGAGACAAAAAUCUGAUCGAUCCGAUCGCCAGAGCAAGCGUGAUUCAAAAAUCGUCGCUACUACUCCUUUGCAAAAGCCGUUGGUUGCUUAUGAAGAUAAUACUAGUGAAUCUGGACCUGACUCUGUAGCGUCUAUUUCACCAAGAAAAAAAAGUUUCAGUCGAAGGGAUUCAAGUUUUGAAGAACUGAAAUCUAGCGGUUCUCGUUCAAAUAAUAGAUCUAGAGAAAGACGUGAUAAGAAAGAGUCAAAGAACAUAGAAGGAAAUUCCUCUCGUAAUUCGGAAAGAGACAAAUCAAAAUCCUCAAAUUAUAAAAGGGACAGUUCACGCCAAGUUGUCAUAAAAAAGAAAAGUGGAAAUUCUGAUUCCAUUGUGCAUCGAGAUAGAUCUGGUGAUAAUUCAAAACAAAAAAGGGAAACCUCGCAUGCGGAAAAAGACUCGUUUCAUGGUGAAAGCAACAAAAAGUCCAGGAGAUACACUCCAGAAAAGAGUGAACGCAGAAGAAAAGAAUCACCUGCCAGCACAAGAAAAAACGAUAGCAAAUCAUCAUCUAGAAAGGAAAAGAAACAUAAUUCCAAAACGACUGAAACUUCCUCUUCGGAACGAAGCAGUGACGAUAGAAAAAUGAACACAUCAACUCAUGCUAGUGGAAUUCCGCCACACCCAAAUUAUGAUCCAAGACCAUUUGAAGAUGGCAGAGGACCGCCACGUAGUCCAGGUGAAUACAUGGUGCCACCUGGUCGACGUUUUCGAGGAUCUCCACCACGUGGCCCACAUGGAAGAGAAGACCCGUAUUGGAACAACAGAUAUCAUUCACCCACCCAUCCACCAGGCCCCGGUCCCCCGUUUCCACCCAGGCGAAGAUCACCUGGUUAUCCUAUAGAUCGAAGGGAUUUUCCUGUAGAUCACAGAGGGCCUUCUGUGCCCAUAAUUCGGCGGUCACUGACCCCGCCCGAAAUACGUGGACGGUUUCCAUCGCACUUUCCAGGCGCUCCUCCGCCACAUGAAUUUUUUCACGAACCAAGGCGAUAUGAUGAACAUCAUCCUAGAAGUCCGCCAUUUUAUGGUAGAGAAGGGCGUCCGUUUGAUCGCAGUCCUGGAUUCAGAGAAUCAAGUAAUGGAAGGGAUCGUCCUUCAUCACCAUCUCUACAUCAUUCUGAAGUUCAUCCUUCAUCUGCAGAUUUAAUAGGAUCCAAAUCAGGAGGAAGCCUUGCAGCAGAAAGUUCCAGUCAGCGUCAAAAUUCUCGAAGUCCAUCCACAUCUCGCAGUCGAAGUCGAAGCAAACAUAAACACAGGAAAAAACAUAAAAGAAACAGGAAACAUAGAAAAGAUAGUAAAAGUCGACGCCGAAGACAUCAUAAAAGAUCGAGAUCUUCAAAGAAGAGAGAAUCUGGAUCUGCAUCAGAAUCAGAGAGUGAAUCAAGCGAAAGUGAUUCUGAUAAUAAUAAUGCUGGACAUAAGGAUUCUUCUAAAUCGAAGCGAAGUUCUGAUUCGAAAAAGAAAACAAGUUCAAAUCCCCAAAUGACAGUAGAAAGCCUCGCAGAACAGUUGAGUGUGCGCCGUAAGAAAAUGCGAGAAGAAGAAUUAGCCGCUUCAGCUGCGGAGUCGACUCCUCUUGCUUCUUUCAUUUCUUCAGCUGAUGAAGAUCGAGGAUCAAAAAGAAAAUCUCAUAAACAUUCCAGUAAACGAAGAAAAAAGAAAAAAAGAAAGAAAGGAAAAUCUGAGAAAAAUCAAAGUUCAGGUGAAGCCAGCAGUGCAGAAGGACCAACAUUCAAUGAAGUUCCUAAUUCUCUUGAUCGUGACGAUCGAAUCCACGACCAGAUGUUGGCAAGUAUGCAACAACCAACCAGGCCAAAUGCAAUAAAUCGUGAUGUUCUUGUUACUGUGACAGCGAACCCCACAAUCCCGGAAUAUAACACUCAAAUAACUCUAAGCAAUGACCAGCAGUUUGCUGAUGAACAACUCGAACGGAGAAUGGAACCUAUGAUGUCGUCGUCGAAAGAAUUAAUUACUGUUCAUACUUCUAACAGAGAAUCAUACAAUCAAAAUCAUCAACUCAGAAGUCCUCCAAAUCCAUCAGAUAUUAAAUUGGAAGAUCACAGUAUUAUAAGCACCGAUCAUCCACCUGCAUCAAACGACUCAACGUUGGAACGUAAAAAAAUAGAUAUCAAACAAGAAUCUAUUAGUAGCCCCCGAAUGAAAAAAACGGAACCACCACCGAAAGCAGUAAAACGCUCGCUACAAGAUCUUCCUCUCCCUCCUGUGUUACCUAGUGAUGAAGAUAGUCGAGAUAUGGAAGAUCCAACUAAAACUCCACCUCAGCCUGAAAAAGAACAACCUAGAAGAAAAAGGCCAAGGACCUGCGGACCUAGGUUUGGCGAAGUUGGUGCUACCGAUGAUGACUGGGGCACGAGAUGCGUUGACGAAUACGAAGUAUUAUCUAUUACUGGUGAAGGAACCUUCGGUCAAGUUUAUAAAGCACAAGAUAAGAAAUCGAAGGCAGUUUGCGCAUUGAAGAAGGUACGUCUUGAUAAUGAACGAGAAGGUUUUCCUAUAACAGCAGUCAGGGAAAUCAAAAUAUUACGACAGUUAUUACAUCCAAACAUUGUGUAUCUCAAGGACGUACUAACAGAUAAGAGUGAUGCUACCGAUUUUCGCAAAGAUAAAGGAGCUUUUUAUCUUGUAUUCGAAUACAUGGAUCACGAUUUAAUGGGAUUACUGGAGUCUGGACUCGUACAUUUUAAUGAAAAUCACGUCAAAUCAUUUAUGAGACAAUUAUUGGAUGGUCUCAAUCACUGUCAUAAAAAAGGAUUUCUACAUAGGGACAUUAAGUGCUCUAACAUUUUAUUAAAUAACAAAGGAGAAAUUAAAUUAGCGGAUUUUGGAUUAGCGAGAUUUUAUGAUACAGAGGAACCGCGACCAUAUACUAAUCGUGUUAUAACGCUAUGGUAUCGACCUCCUGAAUUAUUAUUGGGUGAGGAGACAUAUACACCAGCAAUUGACAUUUGGAGCUGCGGAUGUAUUCUGGGCGAACUUUUCACUAAGAAGCCUCUAUUUCAAGCCGACAGAGAAAUAACGCAAUUAGAGAGCAUUAGCAGAGUAUGUGGAAGUCCGUGCCCCGCUGUGUGGCCCGACGUUAUUAAACUGCCUCAUUUUCACACAAUGAAACCAAAACGACAGUACCGACGUAGAUUAAGAGAAGAAUUUGCAUUUUUGCCAACUCUCGCUCUUGAUUUGUUCGACCAAAUGUUAAUGCUUGAUCCAGCGAAACGCUUCUCUGCAGAAGAGGCAAUCAACUGUCCUUGGUUGCGGAAUGUUGAUCCCACUAGUAUGACUAUGCCAGAUUUUCCAAAAUGGCAAGAUUGUCAUGAAAUGUGGAGUAAGAAGCGACGAAAGGAAAUGCGAGAAAACGAGCGACUUAUGGCUGAAGGAAAAGCUCCUAUACAUCUUAUACCCACUGGUCCAAACUCGAAAUCAAAUAGUGAAAGUCGAUCAAAAGACACAGAUUUAAGAGACUUGGGAUCACGAGAAACUAAAGAGGUGCCAAAACCCAACGAAUUGGGAGCUUUAAUGAAACUGCAACAAGAACAUCCAAACAUGAAUCUGGCACAAUUAGCAGAAGCACUCAACAUGCCGUUAGAUCCGGAGAGUAUGAAAUUCCUUGGUACUCUAAAUCCACAAGCCCUUUAUUCAGCAUUGAUGAAAAAUAAAGACUCAAAGGAACAUAGCUCGCUAAACGAUCUUGGUGCUCUGUUUUCACAAAUGCAAAAAUCACUUCAGCAAUCAGCAAAUGAUUCAAGCAAAGCUUCUGGUACAUCGAAAGAAAAGCUUGCACCUAAAGUUAAUGUUGCACCAAUUCCAAGCAGGCCUGGUCUAAAAGGACCAACAGGAGCUCACCUCACAGAAUUUACAGUAAAAGGUACAUCGAGCAGAAAUGGAUCUGGCGCACCCAGUCAUGCAGAAAGGACUUUAAAGCGAACUACACCAAACAGUUCAGCACGUCCAUCUGAAGAUGUCGACUAUCGGUAUGGAGCAUAUUCACAGAAGGAAUCCACAGACUUUAAAGCUGCGAAUAAAAAUGCUGAUACCGGUGGGGAUCGUAUUCCGAAGAACAUUGAUAAUCAUGACGUGUCAAGGUCAGGGCCACAUAAGAACGAUGAUGACGUCAAAAAAAGUUUAGCAAAACUGCUGACACAGCAACUCGUCGACUCACAGUUGGGUCGAAAUACUUCAAGAUCAGAAGCAGCGCAACUGGCUGAAGCAGCUGGUAUUAAAUUAGAAGACCUCAGUGGACUUAUUCAAUCCUCGGAGUCGACGAGUGCGAGUAAAGGAGACGUAGACAUGAGAAAGAAACCUGAUCGGUGAUGCACUCUUUAUAUAAUUGUCUCUCCGAGGCUGGAAUUAAAAAUAUCCGUAUACAAUGUAAACACUGAACUGUUCCCAGGUCAGAUUUGGAGGGCACGGCACGUUUUGUCAGCGUUGCUGUAGCCAACUUCGCUAAGUUCAUAAUUGUGGAUAGAUUCGUCACGAAAGUUGCAUAAAAUGCAUAUAUCUAUCUGCUAUGUAGAAAUUUACAAUUAUUCUCUGAUUGGGUUUAAUGGAACAUAUCGACGAGUUCACAACCUCUUUGUUCACAUUUUUUUACUUCGUUUAAAUCAUUCUGCCUUAUGUCCAGCUUUUGUGCGAUCAAUAAAUGAUAAAUUUGUCCGUGA